AUGUUCUCAAAACUUUUAUUACGAUCACAUGUUGCUAAGUGUGAUACCAAAGAAGAAGGCAAGAGCGAUAUAUUGGUUAGAGGUAGACAAAUUCAGAUGCAUGUGCACAAGAAGGCUAGUACAAGAAGAUUAGAUUGGGGGCUUGAGGACCUCAGAGACAUAAUUCAACCUAAGAACUAUGACACAAUAGUCCAAGCCAUCAAUGAAGUUGCUGGUUUUGAUGAAAUGACUGGAGUAUAUAAAGUUGUAUGGACUGCUUACAAUUUAGGAUUACAUAUCAAAGAAGUAACUGUAGUUUUGCUAACAGAAACCAUAAAAAAAGGAAACAAACAGAAACAUGAUGAAGUACGUGACUUGUUAGACCUAAUCAAGAAAACAGUAACAAAAAAUCGAAGUGAACACAAAAGACAUAAGAGAGUUUUACUUCCAACUGUGGAAGAUAUAAGUGCUCUGAUGAAAUAUUUAGCGAAUGGAAGAAAGGUAGCAUACAACUUGUUGAAAUCGAACAAAUCACAAAGCAUGGAAAGAUUUGGCGGGACAUACAUUGAUAUCUCUGCAGUUAUUCAAUUAGACGUGCUGGUGAACUAG